UCGAGAUUGAAGCCGGAGACGUCAGACGCUAAGGUUGCUUAGGUUGCGGCCCGCGUGGAAGGCUCUUCUCAGCCAUCCUGCCCGGCCCGAGGGAAUCGCGCAAGGGACGCUUUUUCUGCAGCAAUGAUAUAUACCCCGCCGAGCUGUCCGUCCUGGUUGGGACCUCUUGGUUUCGCUUGGCUGGGCUCAACCCAUCCCGUACACCUCCGCCCUUCCCUCUUUGCGUGCCCCUGCGGGUUCAGCGAAUCCGCUGCAAGAAGCCCUGCAUCCGCCCGGUGAGCGGCUGUUGGCGGCGGUGCCGGGGUUGGCGGCUCCCGCGGGUUGUCGACGCCGCGGGGCCUACGUCUCCGUCGGGCGUGCACCUUGGGAGCCAUACCUGGGGCCCAGAGCCACCGCUCAGCACGCGGGCACGCGGCGGGAGGGAAGGAAACCGCGGCGCUGAGGAUGGAGAGGGGGAAAGUGAAGAAGAAAGAGAAGGAAAAGGAGACGGAGGAGAAAAUCAGAGAAAAGGGAAAGGAAGAGAAAUUGAAAAGAAAGGAGGUGGAGCAGAAAAUUAAAGAAAAAGAAAAGGAGAAGCAAGAGAAGCAGGAGAGGAGAAAGAGAAAAGAGAAAGAGGAAAAAAGGACAAAGCAAGGGAAGGAGACAAAGAAAGAGAAGGAACAAUUUAAGGGACAAGAAGAGGAAGGGGAGAACAAGGACAGCACCUUGACAAGGACCCCGCUCGAGCCGCUGGAGAAAAACAAGCAAAUCCUAGUGCUGGGCCUGGAUGGAGCAGGAAAAACCAGUGUCCUCCACUCUCUAGCUUCAAACAGAGUCCAGCAUAGUGUGGCACCCACCCAAGGUUUCAAUGCAGUUUGCAUCAACACUGAAGAUGGCCAAAUGGAGUUCCUGGAGAUUGGUGGCAGUGAACCUUUUCGGUCCUACUCGGAAACGUACCUAUCCAAGGGAUUGCUGCUUAUCUUUGUGGUGGAUUCAGCAGAUCACAGCCGAUUACCUGAAGCCAAGAAAUACCUUCAUCAGCUAAUUGCGGCAAACCCAGUACUUCCUCUGGUUGUGUUUGCAAACAAACAGGAUCUUGAAACAGCCUAUCACAUUACAGAUAUCCAUGAAGCUUUGGCAUUAUCUGAAGUGGGAAAUGACAGGAAGAUGUUCUUGUUUGGAACUCACCUGACUAAGAAUGGCUCAGAGAUACCAUCCACCAUGCAAGAUGCCAAAGACUUGAUUGCACAGCUGGCUGCAGAUGUGCAGUGACCAGGACUCAGCCCACUGUGCGGCUCACGACUGAAAUUUCAUCAGUGUUGAAUGGCAGGCUUGAAGCCAAAGGUUUCCACUUUCAAAUAAAAAUUAAGCCAUUUCCU